UCCUAUCUGCAUAUCACGGUUGGUUAAUUUUUACGCAUGACCAAGGAGAAGAAAAUAAUCUGGGAUUCCAAGAAUCCUUGCCAGAACGCGACAGUGCAGAAGGCCACCAAGAAUCUCUUGUCUACCUAUCAUGUGUCAGGAUAUUCCAAAGAUGAAACUGAUCAUUUUGUUGAUCUUGUGCCCAUUUGCUCUGUCAGGUAAUACGACAGCUUCACCCGGAAUAAUAGUGAACGGACGUAUGUGUCACGUGUAUGGUGAUUUGGACACAAAGUAUCCAUCUGCAACAACUAAUCAGGAUUGUUUUAACGCUUGUGCAUCUGACCCGAAGUGCACAGGUUAUAAUUUUGAAGACGGCCAAUGCUCGUAUAACUACAUAGGAAUGACAGAAAAGAACCCGGUUACUGACACGUUUGGUUUUGUCUACUGCGAAUGUACCCAACAUUGUACGUCUGUGACCGAGCAGGAAUCCAUCACAUUGAGCGUUGAGACAUCUGAGGAUUGUUUCAAAGCUUGCGCGGCCAACCCAAGGUGUAUGAACUACGGAUUUGGUGACGGCAGUUGUGAUCUUAGUGCUGUGAAGGGAGAUCCCCAAGACACCGUCACGAACCAGAACUCACACGGGAAAGUCUACUGUGAUUGUGACGCAACAACAGCUGCACCGGCUACAACAGCACCUGCAACCACGACGCAAGCAGUGACAACCACGAGCCAACCAGCAACCACCACAAGAUCGGCAACAACCACAAACAACCAGCAGACCACGAAUCCUGCAACAACCACGAAUAACCAAGAAGCAACAACCAGGAAUAACCAAGAAGCAACAACCAGGAACAACCAAGAAGCCACACCAACAACACGAGCCCCAGCCCAGCGUUACUACGACUGCCACAGCUGUACCAGCGGCUGCAGCAGCAAGAAACAGAACUACCUGUGUCCUGCCAAUGGGAAAAUAAAGACUGGGACCAACACACGUUAUGUCAGGUGUAAGGGACCCUGCAUGUCUACUGUCAACAAAACACCUUUUGGUGGAGAUGUGGUCCGUGGAUGUUCAGACGGCAAGUUCCCAGGUCUACGUAUCCCAGCCAAUGGCUGCUUGACUCACAAGAAGGAUGUCACGUGCUUUUGUACUGGUGACCGCUGUAACACCAGAAACAUGGUGCAGGAGCAGAGCAGGAUGGGAUAUGGAUGGUGGAUGGGACGUGGACAGCAUUAAAAAAUCAGGAGAUAAUGCUAGUGGACCGACACAUAAAUAACAUAAAAUAUGUAUAAAAAUACAUUUGAUGAUUUUCUAAUAUGACCUGAGUGUUUUAUUUUUUGCACUAUAUCCUUUUGAAUUUUGUCGUUAAUUUCAUAGUACAUUGCUAAACUAAUUAUAUAAUUAUGUGGUUUCGUGGCCGGCAGCUAGAGAGCAAGAAUGAAUUAUGAAUAUUUCAAAAUUAAAACAAAAAUUAAAAUAUCAAAUUGAAAUUAUUUCUAUAAUCUUUCCUUAACAAAGUUGAAGACUAAGCUUGAUGUGAUUAGUGUAUGAAUCUGUCAACAUAUUUUUGGUUUAUAAAAGAGAAUAAACUUAUUAAUUUGUUUUUGCAGGUUUACAUAGAAAAAUGAUUUUAGUUAGCACACAUGGUUUACAAUCUAAUAAAUUGUGUCAAAGUAGGCCCUAUAUGCUAAAAACAAUGUACGUUUGUUUUGUUUUCUUCAUGAAUAGAAUCCAAAUUGAUAUAGGUCACUGACAAUGCAUGUUUUUACAAAUAAACUCAAAUCAUAUUAAAAAACACCGUAUUGUUAAAAAAAUUUCAGGUAGGCCUAUUAGAAGAAAAAUAAACUAACCAUUGUAUUUUAAUUUUGUUUUUGUUAUUUCCAUUUUUCGUAAACUAUUAGCAACCGAAUACACUAACUAUUGUAUUUCCCCUUUUUUGUAAUUUCCAUUUUUUCAACU